AUGAUUCUGUCGAUUGCUCUUUGUUUCUUUUACCGCUAUCGAGCCAUUCUGCCAAGCGAUCAUUGGUUUUCGUUAAAAGUGCGAACAAUUGCGAUUUUUUUUGCUGUUCUCUAUUUCUCGUAUUUAUUUCUUAUUUGGGUUGGAAUUUGGGGAUUUCAUUUCGAGCAUCCGCCAAUCGCCGCUGGACUCAACAAAUUGUUGGAGGACUAUCCCCAAUAUGCUUUUGUGGAAAAAAUCGCCGACGCUUGGAUUGCCGAUUUGAAAACACCGUUGCCGAUAUUUUCCCUUUAUCCAAAAACCCUUUUGAUUUUGCUGCUUGUCAUCGGCAUUCCGGGAAUUAUUCUUUUGGGCACAGCUUUGACACUGCAUGCGUUUCACCUGCUCAACAGUCCCAUCAUUCCGAUGAGUCCAAAAACGAGAGCACUCCACAAAAAGCUCGUCCGAGGGCUGGCGUUGCAGGUUUCCACUCCGAUGUUCUCGAUGGCAGUUCCGGGAGUGAUUGUUGUUUUCACGGUGAUCACCGAUUCGUUUUCCCAACAGUGGUUUAUCAAUGCGUUGACCUUUCUGUUCUCUCUGCACGGCGGUUUCGGAUCGUUGUCGAUCAUUUUAUUCACAGAAUCCUAUCGACAACAUACUAGGAAUUGCCUGAAAAUAGUGGCUCGCUCGAGACUGACGACUACGUACGCUUUUGUACAAAGGAAGCCCGUUCGUCUACUACCGAAAACUUGUACCUGUGGUGGUUCCAAAACCAAGCUCGUCUUAAAAAUUUAUAUCCGAUUGCGGUUCAAUAUAUAUAUGUCGCCACCAGCUAGUUCCGUUUCUUCGGAGCGUGUUUUCAGUACGUGUGGUUUGAUUUGGAAAAACAGUCGACGACAGCGGAUGGCCCCUACAACAUUGAAGUCGGCCCUUAGAGUUAGCCUUAAUCAAAAGUACAUGAAGUUAAUCUCUUUUGUAUUCGGAAACAAAUGC